UCUAGGAAGAAGGUUUUCAGCAGAGGACGCGGCGAGUCCCGUGACGCGACGGAGGAAGCGGAAGUCCCGGUGCCGGAAGCGGAGCGGCGCCGAGGCCGGGCCGGACCGGGCCGAGAUGGCGGCGGCGUUAGCAGCUGGGACGACCGCUUGGAGCGGUUUCCUGCGGCUCUGCUUUGUGUUCGGGCUGUCCUUCCUGGCGCUCACCGGGCUGUUGCUGGUGCAACUGGCGAACGCGGCCAAGAAUUUUGAGGAUGUCAGGUGUAAAUGUAUUUGUCCUCCUUAUAAAGAACAUUCUGGAUACAUUUAUAACAAGAACAUAACUCAGAAAGAUUGUGAUUGCCUACAUGUUGUUGAACCCAUGCCAGUCCUAGGACCCGAUGUUGAAGCUUAUUGUCUGCGUUGUGAGUGCAAAUAUGAAGAAAGAAGUUCUGUCACAAUCAAAGUUACAAUCAUAAUCUAUCUGUCGAUUCUGGGCCUGCUUCUUCUAUACAUGGUAUACCUUACACUUGUUGAGCCUAUCUUGAAAAGGCGUCUCUUUGGACAUUCCCAGUUGAUACAGAGUGAUGAUGAUGUUGGGGAUCAUCAGCCCUUUGCAAAUGCCCAUGAUGUGCUAGCCCGAUCGCGCAGCCGGGCUAACGUGCUCAACAAAGUGGAGUAUGCCCAGCAACGUUGGAAGCUUCAAGUUCAAGAGCAGAGGAAAUCUGUCUUUGACCGGCACGUGGUCCUCAGUUAAUUGGGAAUCCAGUGCCGAGGUGACUGGAAGGAAGGAAGGUGGGCUGCGGGAAAAACUGCUCACAUUUUCCUGAUUCUUUUUAAACCACUGCUGAGAGAUUUCAACAAACUUGUGGGAUGGUUCAAAACUGGAAGCAUAAAAAAAAGCUUUUUUUAAUUUAAAAAAUAAAAGUAUUAACUGGAAAAUUUUAAAAGCACAUGUCUCAGAAGCCAAAAAGCCACAAACAGUUCUUUCUGGCUUUUCCUAAUGAAGUUAAAUCUACCUAUGAAUUCUCUUAAGCUCCUUUCUCUGUGGCAAACAUUCAUUUCUUUCUGUACUCCUUCCUUAUCUUAAUUCUAAUGUUUUUCAAGACUUUCACACUCUUGAUGUUUAGGGGAAGGACAAUACAACUUUCACAAGACACUUUAUUCCAUGGACUUUUGUAAAUAGAUGUUUCCUAUUGUAUUUUUGUGCUUGGUCUCAUUUUCAGUGGAAUCAGAUUCUGCUGAAAAUGCUGACUUGCUCAGUUGAUUUUUAGCACUGACUGUGUCCUAAGCAGAUGAUUGGCUCUUGGCAACAUACUUGGUAAGUUGACUGUGAAAUAUUACUGGCAGAAAUGCAGAUUUACUUUGGUACUGUGAUGUAGAUAAACUCCAGUCUAAUGCAGAGCAUUCUGAUAUGGAAUGACCCUUUGCUAGUUUUUUCAAUGACUGAACAAAUGGUGUUGGUAUAUGUGGUCCUUCUUACCCUCUUCUCAUGGCCUUAGGGGUGAAACCUCAACAUUUGGAAACCAUGUGAUAAAUCAUAUUUAAAACUUAAGCCUCUUUGAAUGAGUGUUCAGCAUUUCCAAUUAUCUUGAGAGAUGACCUCUGGGCUUUCUUAUGUGAGUCUUUGAACUGUAAGUAAGGUCCUGUACUCCACCCUUUGAGAGCUGUAACAGUUAUUGGAUAACUGGUUCUUUACUUUCUACAUCCUCUUUGGAAUGGAACAAUAAAAAUUAAUUUUUGAAAAACCCAA